GGGCGGCGGCGGCGGCGGCGGCAUGGCAGGUCGGCGGGUGAACGUGAAUGUGGGCGUGCUGGGCCACAUCGACAGCGGCAAGACGGCGCUGGCGCGGGCGCUGAGCACCACGGCCUCCACCGCCGCCUUCGACAAGCAGCCGCAGAGCCGCGAGCGCGGCAUCACGCUCGACCUGGGCUUCUCGUGCUUCUCGGUGCCGCUGCCAGCGCGCCUGCGGUCGGCGCUGCCCGCUCCCCCGGCGGCGUCCGGAGCCGAGCCCGGGCCCGGCGAGCCGCAGCUUCAGGUCACGCUGGUCGACUGCCCCGGGCACGCCUCCCUCAUCCGGACCAUCAUUGGCGGGGCCCAGAUCAUUGAUCUGAUGAUGCUGGUCAUUGAUGUGACCAAAGGGAUGCAGACCCAGUCAGCAGAGUGCCUUGUGAUUGGGCAGAUUGCCUGCCAGAAGCUGGUUGUGGUGCUGAACAAAAUAGACCUCUUGGCUGAAGGGAAGAGACAGGCAGCGAUUGAUAAAAUGACCAAGAAAAUGCAGAGGACCCUGGAGAACACCAAGUUCCGAGGUGCUCCGAUUAUACCCGUGGCGGCCAAGCCUGGGGGGCCAGAGGCCCCUGAAACAGAAGCUCCACAGGGCAUCUCAGAGCUCAUUGAGCUCCUGACAUCCCAGAUUUCCAUCCCGACAAGAGACCCCUCGGGACCACUCCUCAUGUCUGUGGACCACUGUUUCUCCAUCAAAGGCCAAGGCACUGUGAUGACAGGGACCAUCCUCUCAGGCUCCAUCAGCCUCGGCGACAGUGUGGAGAUUCCCGCCCUCAAGGUGGUGAAGAAGGUGAAGUCCAUGCAGAUGUUUCACAUGCCUGUCACCUCAGCCAUGCAGGGAGACCGACUGGGCAUCUGCGUCACCCAGUUUGACCCCAAGCUACUGGAGCGCGGCCUGGUGUGUGCCCCUGAGUCCCUGCACACUGUCCACGCGGCCAUCAUCUCUGUGGAGAAGAUCCCGUAUUUCCGGGGGCCCCUGCAGACCAAAGCCAAGUUCCACAUCACGGUGGGCCAUGAGACAGUCAUGGGCCGGUUGAUGUUCUUCAGCCUUGCCCCCGAUAGCUUUGACCAUGAGCCUGUGCUGGACUCCUUCGACUUCUCUCGAGAAUACCUUUUCCAGGAGCAGUACCUAGAUAAGGAUUUGGCACCAGUGGCGACAGACAGUGAUGAGGCUAACAAGAAGACGGGCCAGGCCACAGAAGGCUGCUGCCCUCGGCAGCAGUGGGCCCUCGUGGAAUUUGAGAAGCCUGUCACCUGCCCUCGGCUGUGCCUGGUGAUUGGCUCCAGGCUAGAUGCAGACAUUCAUGCCAACAUGUGCCGACUGGCCUUCCACGGUGUCCUGCUCCACGGGCUGGAGGACAAGGACUAUGCUGAGAGCUUCUUGCCCAGGCUGAAAGUGUAUAAGCUCAAGCACAAACAUGGCCUUGUAGAACGGGUGAUGGAUGACCACAGCGUGAUCGGCCGCUCCCUGUUCAAAAAGGAGACCAACAUCCAGCUCUUUGUGGGCCUCAAGGUGUACCUAUCCACUGGGGAGCUGGGGGUCAUCGACAGCGCCUUCGGCCAGAGUGGCAAGUUCAAGAUCCACAUCCCUGGUGGCCUCAGCUCCGAGUCCAAGAAGAUUCUAACACCCACCCUCAAGAAGCGGGGCCGGGCCGGCCGAGAAGCAGCCAAGCUGGAGGAGCUGGCUGAGCGGUCCGAGCCUGCGCAGCACGUGGCCCUCAGCCUGUCUUUCAAGCGUUACGUCUUUGACACACACAAGCGCAUGGUCCAGUCUCCCUGA